CCGUGACAAUAGACGAGGCCACAACAGCGAAUCGCGACAGUUAUAAAUAGACUUUGAAGAAUUCUCCCCAUUUGGAUGCGGCACAUUUUGUGAUUCACAUUUGUGUGUGUGUAUAUGUGCGUGUACGCGCGUGUGUGUUCCAGUGUUGUGCUAUUCCAUAAGGAUACGAGUCAUAGAACAUUUUGGUUAUACUAUUGUAACAGGCGAAAAUGAAGUUGAAAUUGGCGCUGCUGACGACGUUGCUGGCGCUGACGCAGGCGGCGCGACUUGAUAACAAAUAUUUGCCACCGCCAGCGAAUGCAGCCAGUGCGGGUGGUGGUGCUGGCACGGGUCUGCAGGGACCCGGCGGUGGCGGCGGCGGCGGUGGUGGCUUUGGUGGCAGCAACAAUGGAUUGGGCGGCAUUAAUAAUGGACUCGGUGGUUUCUCGGGCGGUGGUGGACCCAGCAGACCAAUUGGUGGUGCUCCGGCUCCACGUCCACCUGCACCCGCACCACCUGCUGGCGGUCCACCGAUACCCAUUCUAUCGUUUGUGAAUGAAAACGAUGGCGACGGCAACUAUCGCUUCAGCUAUGAGACGGGCAACGGCAUCAAGGCCCAGGAGGAGGGCACCGUAAAGAACAAGGGCUCCCCGAAUGAGAUUCCCUCGGUAAUGGGCUCUUACACCUAUACGAAUCCUGAAGGUGAGCUCGUGGAGAUCUCCUACACGGCAGACGAGAAUGGUUUUGUGCCAUCGGGCGCGGCUCUGCCCACUCCACCGCCCAUACCAGAGGCCAUAGCCAAGGCCUUGGCUGCUCAAGGCAUUUCUCCACUUCCUGGUGGUGGCUACAGCGGCGGUGCAGGUGGUGCUGGCGAUGGAGCUGGAGCAGGAGCUGGCGCUGGUGGCUAUGGAGGUGGAGGCGGACGUGGUGGAGGUGGCGGUGCUGGUGGUGCCGGAUCAUAUGGUGGAGCCGGUGGUGGUGCUGGCGCUGGAGGAUAUGGCGGCGGUGCUGGUGCCGGUGGAGGUGCUGGUGCCGGUGGAGGCGCCGGUAGAGGAGGUGGUGCUGGAGCUGGCGGAUUCGGCGGUGGUGCUGGCGGUGCUGGAGCUGGCGGAUACGGCGGUGGUGCUGGUGGUGGUGGUGGCGCCGGUCGCGGAGGUGCUGGAGGUGGUGCUGGAGCUGGCGGAUACGGUGGUGGUGCUGGUGGUGGUGGCGGUGCCGGUCGCGGAGGUGCUGGAGGCGGUGCUGGAGCUGGCGGAUACGGCGGUGGUGCUGGAGGCGCUGGAGCUGGCGGAUUCGGCGGUGGUGCUGGCGGUGCUGGAGCUGGCGGAUAUGGCGGUGGUGCUGGUGGUGGUGGAGGCGCCGGUCGCGGAGGUGGUGCUGGAGCUGGCGGAUACGGUGCUGGUGGUGCUGGUGGAUUUGGUGGUGGUGCUGGUGCUGGCGGAUUCGGCGGUGGAGCUGGUGGUGGCGGAGCUGCUGGACGUGGUGGUGCCGGAGGCGGUGGUGGAGCUGGCGGAUUUGGAGGUGGUGCUGGUGGAGCUGGUGGCGCUGGAGGCGGUGCAGGACGAGGAGGUUCAGGUGGUGGAGCUGGUGCUGGCGGAUUCGGUGGGGGUGCCGGGCGUGGUGGUGCUGGAGGUGGCGCUGGAGGUGGUGCUGGAGGCGGAGGCUACGGUGGAGGCGCAAGUGGUGCAGGCGGUGCUGGCGCAGGAGGAUUCGGUGGAGGUGCCGGCCGAGGAGGUGCUGGUGGAGCAGGUGGCGCUGGAGGCUUCGGUGGUGGCGCAGGCGGUGCUGGUGCUGGUGGAUUCGGCGGUGGCGCCGGUCGUGGGGGAGCUGGAGGUGGCGGUGCUGGAGGAGCUGGUGCUGGAGGCUACGGUGGAGGAGCAGGUGGUGCAGGUGGAGCUGGUGGCUUCGGUGGUGGUGCUGGCGGUGCUGGAGGUGCUGGAGGUGCUGGUCGUGGUGGAGCAGGUGGCGCUCCCGGAUAUGGAGGUGGUGCUGGUGGUGCUGGCGGUGCUGGUGGAGCUGGAGGCGGCCCUGGUCGUGGUGGUGCGCCAGGAGGAGCUGGCGCUCCCGGAUUCGGUGGUGGAGCAGGAGGUGGCGGAGGAUUUGGUGGUGGUGCCGGUCGUGGUGGCGCGCCAGGUGGAGGUGGCGCGGGACGAGGUGGUGCUGGCGGACCUGGUGGCCCUGGUGCGCAAUACAUUCCUCCUGCUCCCGGUGGUCCUGGUGGUCGUGGCAAUGGUGAAUUCGAUCCACAGACCGGCUACAUCUAUUAGAGCGCUAAAGAUGAAGACGGAUGAAACCUCAAUGCAACGCAUUCUGCCGCUAAUUACUCUUAGU